CUCCUUGCGGGGGACGGACCUCAAACAGCACCUCUGCCCUCCCGAUCAGCUGGUUGUGAGCCUCAGCCCCCACCCUCCCUCGCUCCCUCCUCUAUCCCCAGUCACCCCGGAUUUGGGAGUGGGGCACCAUGGGGACUCCCAAUGAUCAGGCAGUGCUGCAGGCCAUCUUCAACCCUGACACCCCAUUCGGAGACCUUGUUGGGUUGGGCGUGGGAGAGGAAGUGGAGAAAGAAGAAGUAGAUGAAGAUGGAGUUUUCCCUCGAGCACAGUUGGAGCAGUCCAAGGCCCUGGAGCUGCAGGGGGUGAUGGCAGCGGAGGCUGGCGACCUGGACACGGCCCUGGAGAGGUUUGGCCAAGCCAUCAGCCUGCUGCCUGAGCGGGCCUCCGCCUACAACAACCGAGCCCAGGCCCGCCGACUCCAAGGAGAUGUGGCAGGCGCCCUGGAGGACCUGGAACGCGCCGUGGCGCUGAGCGGCGGCCGGGGCCGCGCCGCCCGCCAGGGCUUCGUGCAACGCGGGCUCCUGGCGCGGCUGCAGGGCCGGGACGACGACGCCCGCAGGGACUUCGAGAGGGCGGCGCGGCUGGGCAGCCCGUUCGCGCGGCGCCAGCUGGUGCUGCUCAACCCCUACGCCGCGCUGUGCAACCGCAUGCUGGCCGACAUGAUGCGGCAGCUGCGCGCGCCCCGCAACGGCCCUGAGCCCAACCAAUAAAGCUGCCGGCUCUCCCCGA